AUGAUUAAGAAAGAAGUGGAGUCUAUUAUUUCCAAGACCUCCGACCGCUUGAAGGCUCGUUUCGACACAUAUGUGGAGGGUCUACCGGGACGUCAAUUGCGGCCCGAUAUCCAGAUUGUUGACGCGGUUUCCAAGACGGCUCACAUUUGUGACCUAUCCAUUGCGUUUGAAGCUCAGAAGACGGACGAUCCCGCUGAAGGUAACAUGCAUAUUCGCCAUGCUGAGAAAGUGAUGAAGUAA